AUGGAUUUCAUCAAGACCAGUUCCCUGCGUGCUCUGAUUGAGUUAACUUUCCAACGCAACUGGAACGGCCUAAUUUGGAUGAGUAGAAAAGGAGUUAUAACCAAAAGAGUGAAGACUGUCCAGACGGCUCUAUCGAGAAUCAGCGCCCAACCGCGCAGUCCGGCUGGCCGAGGAACAUGUUUCCGCGCUCGGCCAAUCACAUCCGUCCGUCUGAAGUCUCGGCCAAAGUUCAAACCGACCGGCCGAUCACGCAACACGACCCGGGAAACAUUGUCCCGCGGUCGGCCAAGCACAACCGUCACGCCACACCGCGCACGACCAUGCCGCGCGAGCCGGGAACAAGCCUCGCGGCCGCGCAACCCUCGCGUACCACGGCCGAUGCAUCCGUCCGAGCCGGGAAAGAACGUCCCACGUCCGGCCGAGAAACCAUCGGCCAAAUCUCAUCCGCUCGACCACGCCGGCCGACCGUGA